GCAGUCACUUUGGUCGCCAAACUUUGACUUGACCGUUCUCCAGACCAAAUUGUCGUCUAAAGAUUAAUCUACGAGUUGGUUUUUCCGGAGUGAAUAGACCAUGGCGGUCCCUCUUUUGGGUGUUCUCUUGAUGGGUUUUGCCGUUUCAGCUUAUGCCACUUCACCUGAAGCUCCAUGUCCGGUAACGGGAGAAUGGUACGUGGAUUGGGACGCCUCCUACGAGUGUCUCUCGCAGCUUUCUCAGCCAUUCCCUGGUGCUAUUCCCGGUCAGAUCCUGCCUCUGUUGACCGUAACCGAUGUCAUACAAGCAGCAGGAGCGUCCUGGACCGCCGACAACCUCAUUGAAUCAGAAGGGGAGAUAUGUGUUAGGAUCAUACCCCAGCUCUCGGCAGCUGCGUUUGGAGCUGAUAUCUUCAGAGAGUACUGCGAUCCUGUCCUGACGUCUUUGAGAGAGGGGACGCAGCUUGAUGCAGAAGGACACUGUAGGAUGAUAUUCAACAUAACAGGGUACAUGUCCUCAUUCAUGGGGGCUGCCAUUACUCCAACACCAACUACUGAUACCGAAUACCCUACGGGAAUCGCCGCAUUACGACCUUUCGACUUUGAGGGGGUCAUAAGGGACAUUGUUGCCGAGCAAUUCGGGAUCACCAGUGACGACGUGGACGCAAUCUGUAGUGCUCGACAGGUUCUAGUGGAUUCUGGGUUGGCUUUGCGGGAACUUGUCUCAAAUUUCCUUGUGGCAUUUGUCGAAGCUCUCAUACCCAGAGCUGCGGAGAUCUGUAAUAGCUGGGAUGCCAUCAAUUCGGCUAUUGAGGCUGCGUCGGGUCCGUACGAUUCACCACCUGAGAUAUUCAACGACGUGUCCGACCUAAUAGCACAUUUAGUAGGCUUUGAAAACAGAGAGGCUUUGUGCCAACGUUUGAACAUAUCUACUUCCAGCCCACUGCUUCAUCUUGCAGCUUCAGAUAUUGUAGGUAAUAUGCUCUCUGUGUUGACCGAUUCUCAACAUUGUUCUGCCAUCGCUCAGGAGGCUAUAGAUCUUUCUUUGGCGUACACCCCUACCCUAGAUAGAGACACGCUAAAUCUUCAAAUCUAUCAGAUAACAGGGAUUAACGGCACCGACCAGCUCUGUCAGGUUGUCGAAGACGCAUUCCAGGCAGAAGGACUUGAACAUGUUGAAGGGGACGUACGCCUGGCUGAUGGGUCUACUGAACUAGAGGGACGUGUUGAGAUCUUUGUGAAUGGCUCUUGGUCUCCAGUGUGUGACAAUUCUUUCAACGAAGAAGAGGCCGAAGUUGUUUGCCGACAGCUAGGAUUUGACGCAGCAGUUGCAACGUGGUGUUGUUCGCGGUAUGGAUUCACCGACGUACCGGGCGUCCUUGGCGGAUUAAGCUGCACCGGGACGGAGGACAACCUUCUUGCAUGUCCCCAAGAUGAACCAGCCUACACCUACAAUCCCUGCUAUCCCUGGGCAAACGCUGGAGUCGUGUGUAGAGGAGAACUUACGCCUUGCCCUCUUCCAAUUGGACCAGCAAUUGAUUGGGAAGCGAUAUACGAAUGUGAACUGCCUUACUUCCAAGAGUUCAUACAGUCAUACAUCAGAUACCCUCCGGUUCCCGGGGAGGUCAUGCCUUUCCUCACUGUAGCAAACAUUAUCGACGCUGCAGGAGCCAUUUGGGGAUCUGACGACUUGUUCGAAGGGUUAGGCAACUUCUGCACCCUCAUUGCUCCACGAGCGACAGCGUCAGCUGGUCCUGACAUAUUUCCUGGCAUAUGCGAUCCUCUGAUACCUUCGGCGGACGGCGUUGACUUAGAUGGGUCCGUUGGUGAAGAGAUAUGUCGAUACAUCUACUCCUUGGCAACCCAUGGACCUUACCCUGAACCUUCCUAUACCGACGCUCCCUUUAGUACGACCACCAUACCACCUCAAACAAGCAUGAGAAGUAGCUCAACACCCGCAGUGUGGCCCACGGAUUUCCCCUCGUUCAUUGAAUCAAUAACCCCGAUCAUCUGCAUAUUCCCUCUUUCGUCCUAUGAUAUUACCUCCGAAGGCCCUGACUUUGGCAUCGACGCCCUUCAAGGAUUCGACCCGGUACCUAUCUUAUUGCAAGCCGUCGAUAACGUGCUGAACAUCACGGAAUAUGACCAGGACAGUUUGUGCUCUGGAGUGAAUCACCUGACUGAUGUUGACAACCGGCCACGUGAUCUUGCGAUAGAGUUCAUGACGGAAGUGCUGGCAGCCCUCUUCCCAAUAGGUAGUGAAAUUUGCCAGGAGUGGGACAGCUUUAUCGAAGCCCUGGUGGCCGAGUCUGGUAGUUACGUCGAAGUCGAUCUCGGAUUCCUGGUGGAAGAGAUAUCUGGAGUCGUUGCGCUGCUGACCGACUUCCCCGACAGGGAUUCAUUGUGUACGUACAUCCAGACCGCUACUGCCUUGCCGGGAGAACAUGCAAACACCUUUGAACGAUUCCUUGUGUUAAACGCCCUGAAUGUGCUGCAUGAUGAAGAAAAAUGUGUCUCUGUACUUGACAGCGCCCUGGCAGUCGCUGACGCUAUACCAGGAACUUCUCGGGAGGAGGUGGAAAAUAUCUACAUGCCAAUGUACAGUGGAUUUACUGAUAUCCUUCAGAUGUGCCGGUACAUAAGUACAGCUUUCGGUCCAAGAACGCCUCGACUUCCCAUCCGGCUCGCUGACGGUAGCACUCCAGAUGAAGGACGCGUUGAAGUUCAAUACAACGGUACUUGGGGGACCGUCUGCGACGAUGACUUCGACGAUGAUGACGCCACCGUUGUGUGCCGGCAACUUGGAUACCGAGGGGAAGCCAUUUCACUUGGAAACUUGAAUCCUGGCAGUGGUGAUAUCCUUUAUGACGAUCUGAGAUGCCUAGGGGUCGAGUCUUUCCUCGGCCAAUGCCCAAAUGCUGGUUUAACAAUCAAUAAUUGUGUCCACUAUGAGGAUAUCAGCGUGAGCUGCAGUCUUGAAGUGACACCCCCCAUUCUACCAACAACGCAGGCUUGGACAACGGAAGGUAUUACUGAUCUACCGACAAGACUGGUUAAUGGCGGCACUGACAACGAGGGACGUCUCGAGGUUUUCUACCAAGGCCAGUGGGGCACGGUAUGCGAUGACUUCUGGGAUUCGGAUGCUACCGAUGUUGCCUGCCGUGCCCUCGGCUUCCUCCGUGGGGCGAACUAUUCUUGUUGUGCCGCUUUCGGCCAAGGUGACGGUUUGAUUAUCCUUGAUGACGUAAUCUGUAACGGAAACGAAAGUAGCAUCGCAUCGUGUCGCCACGGAGGACCGUAUGUCCAUAACUGUCAGCACUCUGAGGACGUCGGAAUUACCUGUAUCCCAUAUGAUUCGGCAACAGGAGACGUACGUCUUGUUGGAGGAAAUAACCCAGCAGAGGGAAGAGUUGAAAUUGAACAUAAUGGCGAAUGGGGAACCAUUUGCGACGACUCAUGGGAUUUGGAAGAUGCCGGUGUUGUGUGCAGAAUGCUGGGCUAUCCUGCAGCUACUGAUGCUCCAGGAUAUGCUCACUUCGGCCAAGGUUCCGGUCCUAUUCUUCUUGAUGACGUGGCUUGUACGGGGGAUGAGGAGAGUAUCUUUGAUUGUGGUAAUCCGGGCAUCGGUGUUAACAAUUGUGGCCAUUACGAGGAUGCAGGAGUGGUUUGCAGCAACGAAGCCCAAUGCGAAGGUGACAUGGUAUUCCAGAUAUGCGGUUCAGCAUGCCCGCUUACGUGUGAGGAUAGAGAACCGCAAAGCUGUCCACUUAUCUGUGUGCAGGAAUGCCAGUGUCCGGCCGGAUUGUUCAGGGUUUCAGGUGACGACUCUCGCUGCGUUCCAGAGGAGGAGUGUCCAUCAGACAUCGACUCGGCAGUUGUACGUCUAGUUGGUGGAAGCAGCGAUGCAGAAGGAAGGGUUGAAAUUCAACAUGACGGAGUCUGGGGAACUAUCUGUGAUGACGGAUGGGGUCUGGAGGAUGCCGGUGUCAUCUGCAGAAUGCUCGGUUUCGAGGAUGCUCUCAGCGCACCAGGAUCAGCUGAGUUUGGCAUAGGCUCUGGACCUGUUCAACUCGACGACGUUGGCUGUUCAGGAUACGAGGAAACCAUCUUGGACUGCUAUCAUCGCCCGAUUGGUGAACACAAUUGUGCUCACAGCGAAGACGCUGGGGUUGUGUGCAUUCCCCAAGUGGUACGCCUGGUAAAUGGAAACAACGAAGCUGAAGGAAGAGUCGAGAUCAAUCUUAACGGAGAAUGGGGAACUAUCUGUGAUGAUGGAUGGGAUCUGGACAAUGCUAAUGUUAUCUGUAGAAUGCUCGAUUUCCAGGGAGCUCUCAGCGCCCCAGGAUUCGCUCAAUUCGGCCAAGGCUCUGGUCCUAUCCAACUCGAUGACGUCAGCUGUUCAGGAGAUGAACAAACAAUCUUGGACUGUUCUCAUCGCCCGAUUGGUGAACACAAUUGUGGUCACAGCGAAGACGCUGGUGUUGUGUGCAUUCCCCAAGAAGUGGUACGACUGGUUAAUGGAAACAACGACGCUGAAGGAAGAGUCGAGAUCAACCUUAACGGAGAAUGGGGAACUAUCUGUGAUGAUCUCUGGAGUCUAGAGGAUGCUAAUGUUAUCUGUAGAAUGCUAGGUUUCGAGGAAGCUCUCAGCGCCCCAGGAUCAGCUCAAUUCGGCCAAGGCUCUGGUCCAAUCCAACUCGAUGAUGUUACCUGUUCAGGAAAUGAAGAAACCAUCUUGGACUGUUCUCACCGAGGCAUUCGUCAACACAAUUGUGGUCACAGCGAAGACGCUGGAGUUGUGUGCACUCAACAAGAAGUGGUACGCCUGGUUAAUGGAAACAACGAAGCUGAAGGAAGAGUCGAGAUCAACCUUAACGGAGAAUGGGGAACUAUCUGUGAUGACGGAUGGGAUCUUGACAAUGCUAAUGUUAUCUGUAGAAUGCUCGAUUUCCAGGGAGCUCUCAGCGCCCCAGGAUUCGCUCAAUUCGGCCAAGGCUCUGGUCCUAUCCAACUCGAUGACGUCAGCUGUUCAGGAGAUGAACAGACAAUCUUGGACUGUUCUCAUCGCCCGAUUGGUGAUCACAAUUGUGGUCACAGCGAAGACGCUGGUGUUGUGUGCAUUCCCCAAGGUCAUGAAGAAGUGGUACGACUGGUUAAUGGAAACAACGAAGCUGAAGGAAGAGUCGAGAUCAACGUUAACGGAGAAUGGGGAACUAUCUGUGAUGAUCUCUGGAGUCUAGAAGAUGCUAAUGUUAUCUGUAGAAUGCUAGGUUUCGAGGAAGCUCUCAGCGCCCCAGGAUCAGCUCAAUUCGGCCAAGGCUCUGGUCCAAUCCAACUCGAUGAUGUUACCUGUUCAGGAAAUGAAGAAACCAUCUUGGACUGUUCUCACCGAGGCAUUGGUCAACACAAUUGUGGUCACAGCGAAGACGCUGGAGUUGUGUGCACUCAACAAGAAGUGGUACGACUGGUUAAUGGAAACAACGAAGCUGAAGGAAGAGUCGAGAUCAACGUUGACGGAGAAUGGGGAACUAUCUGUGAUGAUCUCUGGAGUCUAGAGGAUGCUAGUGUUAUCUGUAGAAUGCUAGGUUUCGAGGAAGCUCUCAGCGCCCCAGGAUCAGCUCAAUUCGGUCAAGGCUCUGGUCCAAUCCAACUCGAUGAUGUCACCUGUUCAGGAAAUGAAGAGACCAUCUUGGACUGUUCUCACCGAGGCAUUGGUGAACACAAUUGUGGUCAUAGCGAAGACGCUGGAGUUGUGUGCCUUCAACAAGAAGUGGUACGCCUGGUAAAUGGAAACAACGAAGCUGAAGGAAGAGUCGAGAUCAACCUUAACGGAGAAUGGGGAACUAUCUGUGAUGAUGGAUGGGAUCUGGACAAUGCUAAUGUUAUCUGUAGAAUGCUCGAUUUCGAGGGUGCUCUCAGCGCCCCUGGGUCAGCUGAAUUCGGCCAAGGCUCUGAUCCUAUCCAACUCGAUGACGUCAGCUGUUCAGGAGAUGAACAAACAAUCUUGGACUGUUCUCAUCGCCCGAUUGGUGAACACAAUUGUGGUCACAGCGAAGACGCUGGUGUUGUGUGCAUUCCCCAAGGUCAUGAAGAAGUGGUACGACUGGUUAAUGGAAACAACGAAGCUGAAGGAAGAGUCGAGAUCAACGUUAACGGAGAAUGGGGAACUAUCUGUGAUGAUCUCUGGAGUCUAGAAGAUGCUAAUGUUAUCUGUAGAAUGCUAGGUUUCGAGGAAGCUCUCAGCGCCCCAGGAUCAGCUCAAUUCGGCCAAGGCUCUGGUCCAAUCCAACUCGAUGAUGUUACCUGUUCAGGAAAUGAAGAAACCAUCUUGGACUGUUCUCACCGAGGCAUUGGUCAACACAAUUGUGGUCACAGCGAAGACGCUGGAGUUGUGUGCACUCAACAAGAAGUGGUACGACUGGUUAAUGGAAACAACGAAGCUGAAGGAAGAGUCGAGAUCAACGUUGACGGAGAAUGGGGAACUAUCUGUGAUGAUCUCUGGAGUCUAGAGGAUGCUAGUGUUAUCUGUAGAAUGCUAGGUUUCGAGGAAGCUCUCAGCGCCCCAGGAUCAGCUCAAUUCGGUCAAGGCUCUGGUCCAAUCCAACUCGAUGAUGUCACCUGUUCAGGAAAUGAAGAGACCAUCUUGGACUGUUCUCACCGAGGCAUUGGUGAACACAAUUGUGGUCAUAGCGAAGACGCUGGAGUUGUGUGCCUUCAACAAGAAGUGGUACGCCUGGUAAAUGGAAACAACGAAGCUGAAGGAAGAGUCGAGAUCAACCUUAACGGAGAAUGGGGAACUAUCUGUGAUGAUGGAUGGGAUCUGGACAAUGCUAAUGUUAUCUGUAGAAUGCUCGAUUUCGAGGGUGCUCUCAGCGCCCCUGGGUCAGCUGAAUUCGGCCAAGGCUCUGAUCCUAUCCAACUCGAUGACGUCAGCUGUUCAGGAGAUGAACAAACAAUUUUGGACUGUUCUCAUCGCCCGAUUGGUGAACACAAUUGUGGUCACAGCGAAGACGCUGGUGUUGUGUGCAUUCCCCAAGGUCAUGAAGAAGUGGUACGACUGGUUAAUGGAAACAACGACGCUGAAGGAAGAGUCGAGAUCAACGUUGACGGAGAAUGGGGAACUAUCUGUGAUGAUCUCUGGAGUCUAGAGGAUGCUAAUGUUAUCUGCAGAAUGCUCGGUUUUGAGGGAGCUCUCAGCGCACCAGGAUCAGCUGAGUUUGGCCUUGGCUCUGGUCCUAUCCAACUCGACGACGUCGGCUGUUCAGGAGACGAGGAAACCAUCUUGGACUGCUCUCAUCGCCCGAUUGGUCAACACAAUUGUGCUCACAGCGAAGACGCUGGGGUUGUGUGCAUUCCCCAAGAUAUAGAAGUGGUACGCCUGGCUGAUGGAAACAACGAAGCUGAAGGAAGAGUCGAGAUCAACCUUGACGGAGAAUGGGGAACUAUCUGUGAUGAUGGAUGGGAUCUGGACAAUGCUAAUGUUAUCUGCAGAAUGCUCGAUUUCCAGGGAGCUCUCAGCGCCCCUGGGUCAGCUGAAUUCGGCCAAGGCUCUGGUCCUAUCCAACUCGAUGACGUCAGCUGUUCAGGAAAUGAAGAGACAAUAUUGGACUGUUCCCAUCGCCCGAUUGGUGAACACAAUUGUGGUCACGGCGAAGACGCUGGAGUUGUGUGCGUUCAACAAGAAGUUGUACGCCUGGUUGAUGGAAACAACAAUGCUAAAGGAAGAGUCGAGAUCAACGUUAAUGGAGAAUGGGGAACUAUCUGUGAUGACCAAUGGGAUCUGGACAAUGCUGAUGUUAUCUGCAGAAUGCUCAAUUUCGAGGGAGCUCUCAGCGCCCCAGGAUCAGCUCAAUUCGGCCAAGGUUCUGGUCCUAUCCAACUCGAUGACGUCAGCUGUUCAGGAGAUGAACCGACAAUCUUUGACUGUUCUCAUCGCCCGAUUGGUGAACACAAUUGUCUUCACAUAGAAGACGCUGGGGUUGUGUGCAUUCCCAAAGAAGUGGUACGUCUAGCCAAUGGAAACAACGAAGCUGAAGGAAGAGUCGAGAUCAACGUUAAUGGAGAAUGGGGAACUAUCUGUGAUGAUGGAUGGGAUCUGGACAAUGCUAAUGUUAUCUGCAGAAUGCUCGAUUUCCAGGGAGCUCUCAGCGCCCCUGGGUCGGCUGAAUUCGGCCAAGGCUCUGGUCCUAUCCAACUCGAUGACGUCAGCUGUUCAGGAGAUGAACAGACAAUCUUGGACUGUUCUCAUCGCCCGAUUGGUGAACACAAUUGUGGUCACGGCGAAGACGCUGGAGUUGUGUGCGAUCAACAAGAUGUACGACUGGUUAAUGGGAACAACGCGAGUGAAGGAAGGGUCGAGGUCUACCAUGAAGGGCAGUGGGGUACUGUCUGUGACGAUAGAUGGGGUCUGGCCACUGCUGGCGUGGUCUGUAGAAUGCUUGGUUUCCCGGGUGCGUCUAGUGCUCCUAUAAAUGCUCAUUUUGGGCAGGGCAGCGGUGCAAUCUUCCUGGACGAUACCGUCUGUUCAGGAGAUGAAUCAACCAUCUGGGCCUGCCAACAUUCAGACGUUGGUCUUCACAACUGUAGCCAUCGCGAAGAUGCUGGAGUCGUUUGUACUACCCCCUAGUGCUGAUCAGAAUCAUACCGCAAACCACCGUGUCACGUGACGUUAUUUUGACCAUUCAGUGAUUAGCACCUGAAAGGCCUAUGAGGUCUACACUAGGCCUAGCCUAAAUAAGAAAACGUUUUUGAAAUCUAAUAACCUUUUUUUUUUUUCAUUAUUAGGGUCAGGUAGCCAGUAUCACUAUUAUUCACUUUUGUAUUCUUAUAUGGUGUGGGUAAAUCUUAUUUCAAGGUCUAAUAUUUCUGUAGAUUAUAGUCAUCUUCGUUCGUAUUUUACAUGUCUUAUAUAAAACCAGUCAACUCAAAUUUUUGCAAUGCCUUGGUACACGACAGAGCCUCUUUAAUUGAAAACUUUAACAAAUGACAAUUAGAACAAUUUUUCGUAAAGAUUUCGGGGCUGUUUGAAGGAGGAAAAAUGUUUUCAAUAUAUUCAUGACUUUUUGACCGACUGUACAUAAGGAAUUCCUAGCUAGCGCUAAGUCAGAACGCUAAAUAAAGCAUAUUUCAAAUUAAAUUUUAUUUUCAUCGGGGAUAUAUCUAAUUUUCAAUCGUACAAGCGGACCUUAUGAACGUAAGGUACGGACGUACCUUUGAACAGUAUCUGGAGCACACUCAGAUAGCAAUUAUUUUCACCCGUGUGGCAGAUAACCAAAUUGAAUUCUACAUUCCACUACAUCAUUAUUUAUUCUUAAUAUUGUUCAGUCUUAAAGUGAUUGGUUAACAUUGGUCUGACUUUUUAAAAUUCUGAGCUAGAAGGUUACACAUGUCACCUGUGUCUGUGAUUUGUUACAAAAAUGAAGCCCAGAAAAUAUUGCGUUCGAAAAUAAUUAUUUAGUGCUUCAAAAAUCAAAAUAUAAAGUGACCGAAAACACCAUCUUAAUUUCAUCCCAUACACUUAUGUGUAUUAUUUAGGCGUCUAUAAGACGCCUAUUUAUAAAAUCGGGGUUUGCCUUGUAGUUUCAGCUUUUCAUUCUCAAUAUUGGUUGUUUUCAGGGUUUAUUAGUUCUAAUACAUGCACUUGUACACAUGUUUCAUCUUGGUUUGAGAAUUUUUUUUAUCGGCUGCUCACAAAGUUAAACAAUACCUUUAAUAUAUCACAUAUAAUGCUCUUAUUCUUUAUCAUAAUUUAUUAUUUCAAAAUCCUCACAUGUAACAUUUUUUUACAUUUGGUUAUAGGCCUACUGCUGAGUGAUCAGGCAUCAUUUUGGCAUUGUUGCUAAUAGUGUUUUUUACAGCACAAGCAUCAUUAUUGUUAUUUUUACCAGGAAUUGGGUCCCCAGCUUUGGAAUUUAGUGGCAUUUCCUAGAGUCCUUAAAUUUACUCUAAGAUUACGGUUGGAAGUUUACAAUAUUUCUGGAACGUUAAAAUUAACAAAGUUAACUUGAGAAAGGAUAAAUCAACCCCGAAGCAGGGUUAGUAACCAGAAACCUCUUUUGCCCAGGGAACUUCCUAAAAAUAGAGACAAAAUAACUAAUGUGAAUGCGGGUGUUAGGGGAAUGUGAUAAUCAACUCGAAAGUCAAACCACUGAUUGCGUACCCCCACCCCCGCCAUGACUAUAAACAAGGAUAGGGGGCUAGAAAAUUGUAUUGUUAAUCAACUUGAAGCUGGAUUAUAUUAAGCCACAAAAUACGAUUAGAAUUGUCGUUUUUUCACAAAAACAAUUUUUAUGCCUUUUUAAGUAGUGUCUUUUUUAGUUUUUAUGACCGUUUACCUUUCUCCCUGGUGAUUUUUUUUUGUACCAUGUAGAAGAAAUGCCGUUUGAUACAUCUUUAGAAUAUUUGUCGUUUUUCAUGAAGGUAAUGAAAUUGAACACGUCCGACAUGCGAGGCAAAAUUUCGUUAUUGUUUCAUUACUCAUAUUUUAGAGUUCCAAGUUACAUUUUCCCGAUAAUCCUUUAAUCUUCAGUAAAUCUAAAUUAGAUUUUUUAAAUGUUUUUCUAUAUUCUUCAAUGCAAACAAUAGUCUUUUUGGCUAACGACAGGUCACGUUAUACUCUGGUCAUUUGCAACAUCGCGUUUGGUAUAAACUCAUUUUUUCUAUUAAAUAAACUUACAUUUUUUAAUAUCAGGUUAUUUAUAACCUGAUAUUUUUUGUAAUCUUUGAAACUGCUUUUGAUUUGUCAUUCUAUUUAAGUGAAAGAAAUAAAUUUUCUUAAUUUAGGAAA